AUGAAGAGUGUCGGCUUGUUGGUGGGCGGGCUGGUCGUGCUGCUCGCCUUUGCCGCGUGGAGCGCGCAUAGUUUGGAGGGCACGGCGACUGUUUACUACGACCCGGCCACCAAGCACAUCUACCUGCUUCCCGGUCGCGUCGAUCUCCGUCACGGCGCUGCCGUCGGCGAGUACCACGAUCACAUCGAAAAGGAUGGCUGGGGCAAGUUGAGCAUCGAGGGCAACCCUCUCCACGAAGAUGAAACCCAGAUGUUCGCCGCAGGUUAUCUGGAGGGCGCGAUGACGCAGAAGCGCAUCUACCAGCAGUACACCAACAUCCACUCCGUGUUCUGGCACAACGCAACGACCAUCCCGGCCUCGCUGCAGGCCUGGCUCAAGGCGCAGGACAAGUGGGUGCGGGACAACGCGGCGGAGAAGAGGGCCGCGGACCCCUACUGGGGCCAAGUGGCCAACGUCCUGGCCCAGUUCGAUGGCCUUGUCAAGGGCUACAACGAUUUCGCCCCGGCCCUCCCUGGCCGCCCUCCUCGCAAUAUGAUGAGUGAAGAUCAAUUGCGCAACUGGGUGUACAACACCCAUUGCUCGGCGCUGAUCAAGGUCACCGGAGAUCUCUCGGACAUCUUCGCCGGUCACACGGCCUGGUUCUCGUACGAGUCGAUGCUCCGGAUCGCCAAGUCCUACACCCUGCCGCUGUCCAACCCCUCCACCCAGUCCAAGAGCGUCAUCUUCUCUUCGUACCCGGGCUUCCUCGUGUCCCUUGACGAUUUCUACAUCACCGACAAGGAAUUGGUGGUGAUCGAGACCUCGCUCUCGGUCUUCAACGAGAGCCUCUACACCAUCGUGCGGGACAACACGCAGGUGCUGCUCAGUUGGCAGCGCACCAUGCUGGCCAACAGAAUGGCCAGUUCCGGUCCGCAGUGGGCCAGCACCUACUCGAGGUACCAGAGCGGGACGUACAACAACCAGUGGAUGGUUCUCGACACCAAGCGCUUCGAGCAGGGCGUGCAGCUGAACCCCUACACGCUCACCAUCCUCGAACAGAUCCCCGGCUACAUCCAAUGGGACGACCAGACGAGCAUUCUCGCGGAGGGCUACUGGCCGUCCUACAAUGUCCCCUUUUACCCGCGCGUGUACGAGGCCGCGGGCUACGUGGAGAUGGCCCAGAAGCAGCCGGUCAUGGCCAGCUACCAGCACUGCUGCCGCGCCAACAUCUUCAGAAGGGAUCAAGGCAACGUCACGGACUUUGAGGCGUUCAAGUCCAUCCUCCGCUACAAUGACUGGCAGAACGAUCCCUAUUCCCAGGGCCACCCCGGCUAUUCGAUUGCCGCUCGUUUCGAUCUGGAGAAGUCCAAUCCUUCGCCCGAAGGCGGCUACGACACCAAGGCCACAUCCUACGCCCGAGUGAAGCAGAUGAAGUUCGAGGCCAUCAACGGACCCACCUACCAGGAGCAGCCCGUAUUUGCUUGGACCAGCCAGUGGGACGCCUACUCGCACGUCGGCCAGCCGCUGCGGUUCCACUUCCCCUUCGUCACCAUGCAGCCCGCCCAGUUCCAGUGA